UUAACAGCGAGUUCUUUUUUCACAAUGUGAAGAACACACCGGGUGUGUUUUAUGUAAAGGUCAGUACACAGCUCCUCACACUGCUGCGCUCUGAUUGUUUACACUCACUGCAGCUUUGGGUUCAAAUAACAGGAAGACUUUUAUUAGGUGUUCCACCAUCUUUGUUUUUGGGUUCACACAGCUUAGAUUAUAUUUUACCAACACAAAGCUUCCCAGAUACAAGUUUAGAUUGUUUCUAUAGCAUUGUGUUUAUGUAGUUUACUAAAGUGACACAUUAAAAAUAUAUAUAUAAAAAAAUCAAAAAUCUGGUUUAGUGGUGGCAUUGUGAAAUAUUUUGUAAGAGGAUUUUAACAAAUGCUCUCAGUGAGCUGGUUUUCUCUGAAAAAGUUUAGUAAGGACAAAUUAUAUCAGGCGUCAUUCUCCAACGUUCCUUCUGCCCCAGAUGUUCACAUACAUGAAUGUGUUUAGUCAGGUGUCUUGUGUAACAACAGCAGACUGCAAUCCCACAAAUGAUCUCAGACUAGGCUCAGUAGAUUAUAAAAGAGAAGCUGAGUGACACAACAUAAAUGAACGUUAAUACUGAUUCUGCUGUACUGCUGCAUAUACUUCAGAACACCAAGAUAGAUUUGUUGUACUUUGGUUUUCAAUUGGAAAAACCGCUAAUUUCUCAAGGGCUGUAACAACAUCAAUGUUUCUUCUAAAGAAAAGUGGGUCUCAGCACCGACGUUAAACUAUGUUACACUUGAGAUUAUCCUUUUUGUUGCCAAACUAGCCAAACAUCUUUGAACUAAAACUACUACAGAACAUCUGCAGAAGGCUAUACUGCAUCUAACUUUUAGCAAUUACUAAGUACAUCGCAUGAUAUCACCUAAAAAUUAGGAAAGGUAUGGAAAAUCAUAACAUUGAAGAACCCCAGCAAGGCAAAAUGUCACAGACAACAUAGCUCCACGAUGAGGUGACAGAUCAAGAAAAACAAAGUUAAUUUCUUCCGUAAGAUGGCUGAGCUUAACCCUAUAGGUAGGUAGGAGGGUGAGGAGCUCCAGCAUUGUUGGGUUAAAACUGAACAACUGGAGGUGAUAGUGCUCAACCGCCACUGAGAACUACAUCCCCCAGAAAGCACCAGCAACAUGGCCACCGAUUGGUAAUGAGAAACACCUGAGCAAAGACGGUGGGGGUUCAAUCCUCAGUCAUCAGGAACAGCACAGCAAGCUCUACUGAUGAACUUUACCCUGAAGACGCAAUGACUCAGGGAUCCAUUGUCACGGUUGUCCUGGAGAGAAAGUUCAUUCCUCACCUCCAUGACCCAGAAUCAGAUGGCACAGACGACCGACCUCUUUGGUCAAGAUGUUUUCAACCAGUUGUUUGACAUGCUGGACCAAUCUGCCAUUCACUCAGUCCAGCCCAUAGAGCUGAACUUCACAGACAGUCCAAGAGACGGUUCUGCAGGAAACACCAUUCAGAUCAGCAUGGACUGCAUAACCAUGCACGGUCAAGAUGAGCUGCUUUCUUCGCAGUACACAAACCUGGAGCUCCUGAAUGGCAUCGAGCAGAGUACGGGCUCGACCUCCACCAGCCCCUACAACAAUGAGCACACUCAGAACAACGUGACAGCUCCAUCACCCUACGCCCAGCCCAGCUCCACCUUCGACGCCCUUUCUCCAUCACCUGCCAUCCCAUCCAACACCGAUUAUGCCGGACCACACACCUUUGAUGUGUCCUUCCAGCAGUCCAGUACAGCAAAAUCUGCCACCUGGACGUACUCCACAGACCUGAAGAAGUUGUACUGCCAAAUUGCGAAGACCUGUCCCAUUCAGAUCAAAGUGCUGACCCCCCCUCCGCAGGGCGCCGUUAUCAGGGCCAUGCCUGUGUACAAGAAAGCUGAGCAUGUGACCGAAGUGGUGAAGCGCUGCCCCAACCACGAGCUCAGCCGCGAGUUCAACGACGGUCAGAUAGCACCGCCGAGUCAUCUGAUCCGCGUGGAGGGGAACAGCCACGCCCAGUAUGUGGAGGACUCCAUCACUGGAAGACAGAGCGUGUUAGUUCCAUACGAGCCUCCCCAGGUGGGGACAGAGUUCACAACCAUUUUAUAUAACUUCAUGUGCAACUCCAGCUGCGUGGGUGGGAUGAACAGACGCCCCAUUCUCAUCAUUGUCACUCUGGAAACGAGAGAUGGACAGGUUUUAGGCCGCCGUUGCUUUGAAGCCAGGAUCUGUGCCUGCCCAGGACGAGACCGGAAGGCAGAUGAGGACAGCAUCCGCAAGCAGCACGUAACGGACGCCACAAAGAGCAGUGAGGCCCUCCGCCAAGUUUCCCACGGCAUACAGGUGUCCACCUUCAAGAGGAAAAGAUCCACAGAUGAGGAAGUGUUUUGCUUGGCUAUCAAAGGCCGUGAAAUUUAUGACAUUUUGGUGAAAAUCAAGGAGUCCCUGGAGCUGAUGCAGUUCCUGCCCCAGCACACAAUAGAGUCGUACCGACAGCAGCAGCAGAACCUCCUCCAGAAACAACCUUCAAUGCCGCCUCAGCCCUCCUUCGGAUCCAGCUCCCCUACACACGGAAAAGUCAACAAGUUGCCGUCAGUGAGCCAGCUCAUCAACCCCCAGCGCAACACUCUCACCCCAUCCAGCAUGUCCGGAGGCCUUACUGACAUGACUCCUAUGAUGGGCUCCCACCUCCCCAUGAACGCUGACAUGAGUUCACUGAGCCCCACUCACGCACUGCAACCACAGCUCCCCCUGGUGCCCUCCUCCCACUGUACCCCCCCUCCUCCAUACCCCAUGGACAGCAGCAUCUCCAGCUUCCUCCUUCGGCUGGGCUGUACAGGCUGCCUGGAUUACUUCACAGCACAAGGUCUAACCAACAUGUACCAGAUUGAGAACUUUAACAUGGAGGACCUGUCCAGGCUGAAGAUCCCAGCUGAGUUCCAGCAUAUCAUCUGGAAGGGGAUCAUGGAGCACCGACAGGCCAUGGACUUUUCCCCUCCUCCGCACAUAGUGCGCACCACCAGUGGAGCCUCCACCGUGAGCAUGGGCUCCUCGGAGGCCCGGGGUGAGCGCGUCAUAGACGCCGUGCGCUUCACCCUGCGCCAGACCAUCUCCUUCCCACCACGUGAUGAGUGGUCUGACUUCUCCUUCGACCUGGACUCUCGCCGCAACAAACAGCAGCGCAUCAAAGAGGAGGGAGAGUGACGCGGCCUCAGGCCAACUCCCCACGUUCCCAAUUCUCAUUUCACACUGGAACUUUUCAUCCCUUGUGCAACGGCUCCUGACAACAACACUGUACAUUAUUUAGCCAAACUGCACUUAUUUUUUUUUUUUUUUUGCUCUGGUUUAUGAAUCUCAGAGUGUCACGUUGUUUAGCAGAGGUGCAUUUUACAAUCUUUUAAUUUCUUGAGAGCACUUAAGAAAUGACGAGUAUUUCAAUGUUGUUGCCGGGUGUUUUAUGCAUCAUUUCCAAACAGCAAACCUGUAUGUGAGGGCUUGUCUGGGUUUUUGUUUCUGCUGCAGACCGUUACAAAUGUACUCCUGGUCCUGUUGCUCACCGUCGUGACGAAAUAGUCGAGUACACUGGCUUUUGCAUUCGUGGCAGAAGUUUGUUGAUUGUAAACAUUUCACAGAUUUUCUUUGAAGUAUUAUGUCCUGCUGUAGCUUUUAUAUUUUUCAUUUUUAGUGUGCGUGCGUGCAGGUGUGUGUGCGUGUGUUUAAAAGAAAAAUGGUCAUUCAUUUGAUGUAGCCACAUAUAGGCCUAAUGCUCUUGACCCAGUGUUUACUGUUACAUGCUCCUAUGACUGAUGUGUAUACCAUCAUUUCUUUCAAACUAUGAUUUGAUAUUUCCUUGUAUUUGUAUAAAUUUGUAUAGCAUCCAUAAAGGUACCUGGUAUGAACAGGACUGACACAGUUCAGUUCAGUGUUUUGUACAUAUUUUGCAUUUUAUCAAGGGUAUUUUGUCAUGAAUUUGAAAUAAAUAUCAAUACUUGCAUUUACUGCAUGACAAUA